AUGAGGGUCACGCUUCCCAAUCCCCUCGGCGAGCCCGUCACCCUCGACUCUGACCGCAUCCCCCGCCCCGCUGCGAUCCUCCCGACCGCGGUCACACGCCUGGCGCGUCGCUCCCAGCUCAAAUUACUGCUCUUGCUAUUUGGUUUUGCAGUGCUGAUCACAUGGCAUCCGAGUCCACCUUUUCCGCCGAGCUAUGAUGAUGAAUGGAACUGGGAGAAACGCGUGGCCAAGGAGCAGGGGCAGCCGGCGAGGAUGAUUCAGUUUGAUAUUCCGAAGGGGACUGGUACGCUUGUCAUACUCAUACGUUUUAGGCUUCAGCAUCACCUGGCUGUCCUCGGAAACCGUUCAUUAUCAUAUGAGCCCUAUGUCGAAGACACAACAAUACUGCCGUUCAACCCCACCAACUGGCCUUGGCGUUCAGCAAAGAUACCUCUCUCAGCGUUCAUAUCGACCGUAGUGUCCGGAUUCGAGACGUUGUAUGACUCUCCUCGCGCCGUCCCAUCAUGGUACUACCGCGCACACUGCCCUUCUCACAAACAAGUAGUCUACACUAUCCAGUCACCAUCGAACCCAGAUGGAAAGAUCGACCUGGAGAGUAAUGGGCAGGAUAGAAUACACCAGCUUCAGGUGCUUUUGGGCGGAAGCGAUGACCCUUGUAUCAGGAUCCAGGGAGAACCUUUUGACAACAACUUUUUCAACUCGCACGCGCCUUUGGACCUCUACGAGUCGUUCAUAAAGUCACCAGCCAUGGAACACUUUUCCUUCUCCCCUCGCGUCCUGUCCAUCCUCAACGACCGCUUGCAAAUCCUCUCUCCGACGACACCUCUCUACGAUUUGGAGGCGGCUGCUGAAGGCAAGGGAAAGAGUGCCAUUUCGACGCCUAUCUGGAAACAUGUGCUGGCGAUGCAUAUCAGGAGGGGAGAGGAUUGGGAAAGGGUUUGUGAAGAAAAGGGCGAGACUUCUGCCAACAUGGUAUCCUUCAACAAACUCCCUCUACUCCCCGGAAACGAAAACGUCCCUCCUUCCACCGACAUGGUCGAAGCCACCCGCAUGGGUCUCUACCGCGCCAAAUGCCUCCCCGAAACACUCGACAUCAUCGGCCGCGCCCGGCGCAUGCGUAAAAACCAUCCACUCCUCAAAUCAGUGUACAUCUUGACAGAUACGGAUGACGCGGCGUGGGUGGGGGAGAUGAAAAAGUGGCUCGAGUCGGAGGGGUGGGACCAUGUUUGGAUUGGGAAGGAUGAUGUGUGGGGUGGGUGGGAGGAGAAGGAGGUGGGGGUGGCGGUUGAUAUGGAGAUUGCGAGACGGGCGGGGGUCUUUGUCGGGAAUGGGUUUUCGAUGACCUCGUCUAAUAUUGUCCUGCUGAGGGCAAGGGAUGGUCUCCAUCCGGACUUGACUCAAUUUUGGUAA